AUGUUCUCGGCAUUCCCUUCAUGGGUGCCUAGAUCAUCUACUUUCGUCAACAUCUUGCUUCUAGUCACAUCCUUUACUACAGCCACUACCCUAGGCUACGACUCCUCCAUGAUGAAUGGCUUAAACAUCUCACCAUCAUACACCGACUACUUCUCACUAACAGCCGCAACCAUCGGCCUCAACUCAGGCACCGUCUGGGUCGGCAGCGUGAUCGGAGGAAUUGCAUUUAUAGAAUUACCCGACUACGUUGGUCGAAAGCCAGCGCUGUUCCAUUCUGCUAUGAUAGCGAUCGUGGGGGUCGUUAUUGAGGCCGCGGCGCAGAAUAUCGCUAUGUUCUUGAUCGGACGCUUUAUUGUGGGUUUUGGAUCUGGGGGCACGUAUGUUGUGGCGCCCUUGUUUCUUGCGGAAACUUUGCCCAACAAAUAUCGAGCUUUGGGACUUGGAGGUUUGAAUGAUCUGUAUUAUGUUGGAGCACUUCUUUCUGCAGGUAUUACUUACGGUACUGCAAAGAUGGAUUCGACUUGGGCUUGGCGUCUACCUUCUGCACUCCAGGCUUUGUUCGCCAUUAUCUCCGUCCUAACUCUCCCUUUUGUGCCCGAGUCGCCUAGAUGGCUAGCAUAUCAAGGCCAUCAGGAAGAAGCCCUCAACGUACUCGCCCAAACUCACUCGAAUGGCGAUACCACAGAUCCAGCUGUCCAACUGCAAUAUAUCCAGAUAAUCGACGCUAUCAAAUUCGAAAGGGAGCUUGAGUCGCCUUCGAUCAAAAGUAUCGUUGCCAGACCAUCUCUCCGCAAACGAAUGCUUCUGAUCCUUUCCAUCGCGGCGUUCAGCAUGCUGACAGGCUCAAAUAUCUUCUCCUAUUACCUCGGAACAGUCCUCGACAACGCGGGCAUCACUGACUCAACAACUCAGUUAGAAAUCAACAUUAUCUUAAACGCUUUCUGCCUCGUGUUAGCUAUCGCCGGAAACUUCCUAGCAGACCGCAUGGGCCGGAAAGUCCUCGCUGCGAUCUCCACCUUCCUCUGUGUAGUCUUCCUCUUCAUAAUCGGAGCUCUUACGAAAUUCUACGGUACAUCCGCCAAUCAAUCAGCAAUCUAUGCCAAUAUUGCCAUGAUGUUUCUUGCACAAGGAUCAUACAGUUUUGCCUGGACUCCACUCUUCGCGAUCUAUCCUCCGGAAAUCCUGAACUACCGCAUUCGCAGCAUCGGAUUAUCGUUGUUCACGGCGUGGGAAAGCAUGUUUGGUUUGAUUCCUGUUUUUGCGUUUCCGAUCGCUAUUGAGAAGCUGGGGUGGAAAUUUUACAUGUUGAAUGGAGCUUGGGAUGUGUUUGAAUUGAUUGUUAUAAUGCUGUACUGGGUUGAGACAAAGUCUAUGACCCUCGAAGAAGUUGAUGAGCUUUUCGACGGAGAGGUUCAUUCUAAGGUCUUGGGCAUAAGUGGUCUUCUGGGCUCUGGUAGUCCUGAAGAUGCAAAAGAGGUUCUUGCUGGUAUUGAUAUCGAUGAGAUGGUAGAGCCGAACACCACAGAGCAGAGUAAAGAACUUGAAAAGAGGAAUAGGAAAGUGGAAAUCAAUGCUGCGUAGUUUUGCAGUUGUGGUUGAGAGAGAUGUAUGUGGCAGAGAUUAGCGCGUAUAGCGCGUAUAGCGCGAAUUGUGCGAAUCGCGCAAAUAACGCUUCACCAGCAAGGCAUAAUUCCGC